AUGUCAUCUUGCACACCAUCUGAGGUUAUCGCAUUCAGCAAAGAGACGGCAAACAUCUUGAUGAAGUUUCACGACCUAACAGAGCCUGGGGCACCAGAGUUUGCAACGGGUAAAAUUAUAAAGGAGGAAAUAGAAAAGCUUUUUGGUUGUAUUAUUUCAUGUGCAGAACGAAAGAAUAUGAAAAUAGAAGACAGAAAAUUUCAAAACUCCCACCAGCCCUGUGUCUCCCAACAAUUACAAGAGCAAAGUAUGGAAAUUUCCCCCUUUAUGACCAAAGUACGGGCGAUUGAAAUAUCUGGUCUCAAUGCAAUUAUCCAUUUAUCGCCGGUAAAAUCUGGAAAAUUUUGGUCCAGUGAUUACGGUUGUAAUCUCAUUCAGUCUGAUAUGCUAGGGAAUAUACUUCAGAAAAUAUCCACCCAAAAAGAUGGAACGGGAUAUCACGCUAUCACAAAAGGUGGUGAUUUACUUUACACAGAUGAUAUAAAGAGAGCCAUCUACAUGUGUAAAUUAAACUCUGAGAUGAAAAUCACAGCACUUGUUACCACGGGGACUGGGAGCCACAUUCCCUCUGGUCCUCUCAUAUAA